GCGACCAUUGUGGCCUGCGAAAAUUUUCUCAAUUAGCCGCCGCGUCCGCGCAAGGAAACUUCAUUUUCGGAAGCCGUGCCCAAGGCUGGCGCUCACUGACGAAUAAGGCCACAUAUAAGUACUCGUACACCCUCUAUUGUCUUAUUCAGGGAUCAGACAUUCAGCUCUGCAGUCGCAUUUGUGUAGUGUUUGCAUAAUGUAUUGCCUAGAGUGUGUAACGUUGGUGGUGAUCGCUGUAGUGGCGCAGGCUGUUCCUAAUCCCAAACAUAAAGGAGUUUUUCAGCCCCCGGUAGAUGGAUCUUAUGAAGGAUAUUAUCAAGAUCGUCCCAGAUACGCCUUCAACUACGGAGUCGCAGAUCACAGCACCGGCGACGUGAAGUCACAACACGAGACACGAGAUGGUGAUGUUGUACAAGGACAAUAUUCCCUUGUGGAACCCGACGGCUCCGUUCGAACAGUCGAUUACACGGCGGACCCUGUCCACGGCUUCAACGCCGUCGUCUCGAAGAGUGGACCGAGUCUUCAUGCAGCACCACCUCAUCAUGGUCAUCACCAACCUGCAGUGCAAAUCAUUCCUCAAGCCAUACCUCAGGGACAUCACGUGGUACAACAGCAAAUACCCCAAGGGUUACACCAAGGGAUUCCCCAAGGAAUACCUCAAGGAAUUCAUCAAGGGAUACCACAAGGAAUACAUCAAGGGAUACCUCAAGGGAUACCUCAAUAUUCACAAGGAUAUCCACAUGGACUACCUCAAGGAGUAGUCGCCCGUGGGCCAGUCGUACGCUAUUUGGAAAAGGUUGUGCCCGUCCCCGUGGAAGUUUAUCCAAAGCGAAUAUUUGGACCUGGUGGUCCUAUUUUUGCCAAGGUUGGUCCGCAGUUUCCCGACUACGAGGGAUUUGGCAUGGACGACUAUGAAAUACCCUACCCGUUCCAGUUUGAUUAGUUAGUAGAUAGUAACUGUAUACUUAAAUAUUAUUAAAUUAUUGAAUACAA